AUGUUAAUUGUUGGUGAUCGAGUUGAGAUUGGUGAAGAUCGAGGAACUAUAAGUUAUAUUGGUGCUAUUGAGGGAUAUGAUGGCGAAUGGGUCGGUAUUGACUGGGACAAUCCUGAACGAGGAAAGCAUGAUGGUUCUGUGAAAGGAAAACGAUAUUUUCAGGCAAAUUCUGCGAAGAGUGGUUCAUUUGUUCGAUCCAGCGCAGUUAAUCCAGGGAAAAAUUUACUAGAAGAAAUGAGGAAUAGAUAUAUCACUUACAAGCAAUAUGAUACGAUUAAAUUUGGAUCGAAGAAUGUGGAUCUUGUGAACAUGGCGAAAAUAUACGAAAAGCAAAACAACAUAUGGGAAUUACGAGUUGUAGCACUAGAUAAUAUGAAGGUUUCAAAAGCUCCACCAACCAACUGUGCGCUUUUCAUGUAUUGCACUGAACUUAAUCUUUACAACAAUUUAUUAUCACGGUGGUGUAAUUUGUUGAAUAUUCUGUGCUUCUUUCCGUCGUUGCGCUUCCUUAUUGCAAG